AUGAGCUACCUUGACUACAGAGGCACCAAUCCAAAUGGUGAUCUUCACUUUAUCUUCUUGUGCCGAGCUCUUCAAAUAGCAGGCAAUGGCCAUAAGUAUCUGGGCCCAACUAGGGCAUCGGAACCUUUUGCUGUGCGCCAAGUUACUCGCCGAAGGAUAUCCGGACGCCUCUACGACUACACUCCUCAGGCUGACCCCUCCUUUGGCUUCGUCACAGAGGCCUAUGUCUUAAGUUACUCCUUCCAGGCUCGUGAUAUUUGA